CAGUGAUUCAUCAACCGAGGAGAUCACAACAACAUCAGAGAGGCGGGAGGUUAUGAAGUUCUAUAACCUGUUCUUGUUGUUUAUCUUUGAGCUAAUUCAGUGUCUGAGUUCUUCUGAAAGCCACAAUGAGCUGCCUCGAGGACACGGAGAGGAGCUAGGCAGGCACAGAGACUCCGAUGGCCAUGUUGAUAUAAUCGACGCGGAAGACUUGCCAUCGCCGAAGCAAUUUUGGGAUCAAUAUGCAAGCAUUCGAAAACCAGUGAUUUUUCGAGGGGCAGGAAAACAUUUCCCAGCUUUUCAUUUAUGGACGGAUGAAUACCUGAAAGAAAAUUAUGGAGAGCUGGAAGUGAAGCUAGAAUCUAAGCGAGAAAAAGAUGAAGUUCCAGUCGGCGAAAGAGGGCUCGGGAGAGACACGAUUCGAAGUUUUCUCGAAACUUAUCAAGAGAAAGAUUCUUAUACGGUUUCCCAACUUCCUGAUCCGCUGUCGACAGAAGUCAUGGUAUUGCCCCUUUUAAUGUGCGGAAGUUUUAGUGAGAGGAUUUUGGAAGCGAAUUUGUGGCUUAGCUCUGGUGGUACACGGAGUAUGCUACACAAAGAUGCUGACAAUGCUUUUAACUGCUUGUUAAACGGUACAAAAAAUUGGAUUUUGAUUCAUCCAGAUAACGAAGAGAACGUAAGUAGGUGUUUGUGAACUUUUUUAAAUCUAUAUGGCAUAAACUAUGAACAAGGGAGACUUAAAAUUUAACGUAAAUAUUUGCUAAUUAGCUUCAAUUACUUGUUUGGACUUGAAAGUCUCAUCUUUUGUGCUUAGUAAGCUUAUACCUUGAUCUCGUCCUAUUACCGUGGAAACGAGUUUUUAAUGGGAAAAUCUAUUUCUUUUUGGAUGCGUGAACAAGCUAAUAUUUUUUUAUCAAAGGAGCAAGAGAAAAAGUAUUCGGUAUUUUUAAGUGGGUUGCAUCUCACCAGCGGCACAUGAAUCCAGGAGGGUAGGGUAAAGAAAGAAACAACAGUCCGAGGUGUAUCAUAAUGUAAGAAACCAUUUACGUUUCGGCUCUCAGAAUGAAUAACAGAAUGAAUUCAUUCCAGCUACUUCCAAGUAAAACCUACAAAUGGGGUGUAUUUCCUUUUCAAAACUCCUAAGGUGAGGUGUGUUACAGCUGGAACAGGUGCAAUUCAAUUGAUGUGUGUGAUGAUAACAAACCAAACACAACGCUCUUUUCAUAUAUUUCAAUUCAUAUAACAAACUCACAAUGGCCAGCUGCUCUCCAGAUUGCUUGAUUAGCUCAAUGGAUAGAGUUUUGCAUCCGGUCAUCACAAUUAAGGCCAGGGUUUGAUUUCUGGUCAAGCCUGAAUUUUUUCAAGUUCUUUUUCACCUGCUUAGGUUGUUCAUUCUACUGGGAAGAUUAUGUUCACUUUUAUAUCUUUAUCUGCAGUUCAAAAUAUGAUUCAUUUUAUAUAUUUCAAUUUACAGAUACCUGUUGCAGAUGGAGACAGAGGAUAUGGAGGGUUUGCAACACUGGAUGUAGAAAGUGUGAAUCUAAUCAAGUAUCCAAAAUUUAAAGAUGUAAGGUGGCAACAUGCUAACAUGACUCCUGGAGACUGCCUUUAUUUGCCUUACAGUAAGUAGUAGUAUUUGUUCAUUUGUUUUUUUUAUAGUUUUGUGUGAAAAUGUAUCUCUAACAAACAGUCCAAUUUUUCAGUCAGAUCUGCACGUUGUCAUUCCAAAUACAGUAGGCUUCACUGGUCUCCACUGCUCGAUCUCCAAUAUAUCAUUUUAAUUUAAAGGGUUGAAAUAAUGACAAUGCUAGCGAGGCCUGCAGAUCAGAUCUGAUAAACCUUUGCAUGGACAGUCCAAAGCAUUUUUCAUCUGUGACGCACAUAAAAAACCAUACCUGGUUUGGUUUAAGUCUUGGUCACUCAUUAUUAAUCAACACUUUACAAGCACCGCACCAACCAAAAGCUACGAGCUACGUUUGUGGGCAAACACAGCUUUUAGAAUUGUGGGACUUGUUGGCAAGUGUUUCCUUCUCUCCUCCCCCCGCCACCUUCAUUCGCCCUUUUUGCUCUCAUCCCCACUUUAUUGUAAAACUUGCAUAUAAACUCUUGCUACACAGAUGAAUGAGAGAGGGGGUGAAGAGACUUUCAAGCCAUGUCGUGGAAGUGUUUGUCUUCAUACUGUCUGACCCUCUAUCUUUUGCCAGUACUAUUAAGCAUAAUACAAACCCAGCUACACUUCAAUACUUUCUGCAUAAUGUUUAUUAAUUAAAAAUUCACACUGGACCAACCUCUACUGGAACAGUACAACAACUACUGUUGGUGUCAAGCCAGAUUGUUAUAGAGAUGGGAACUCCUACAUUGUACCUUCUCAACUUUGCAUAUAUUGUAUGUUAGUAGCUCCUUGUCACUGUUCUGGGUAUUUUAAGGUACAUGCCAAGUUCUUUCAAUCCCCCUACAUCUUAUAUGACACCCUCUCUCCUCCUUAUAUCUGGAUGUGCUGCAAAAAUCAUGUUCUUUUAAAACAUCCUGAUACACACGCUGGGAUCAGUUGUGGUUAAAUUUUGGUUUUUUCCUGGUGCUACCUUACAAUGUUAUCAUACACAGUACAUUUACAAUGUACAGGACAUUAAAGCAAAGGAAAAUGAAAAUUAGGCCAAGUACAAAAAUAUUGAAUCCCAUAAUCGUAGAAAAUAUUGUUGUUGUGUCUGUUUACAGGUUACUGGCAUCAAGUGCGAUCUUAUGGCUCUAAGAACAUGGCAGUGUCUGUUCUGUUCUCACGGCUGACAGAGUUUGAUCCAGCAGGAUGUGAAGGUGCCAAGCUGGAUUAUACUCCUUUGUCAGAUGUCAACAUGGUCUGGACAUAUCCUGGGCAUGGUCCACAGACAAUGGGCAAUACUGAUCCAUUUGAAUUGAAGUAUGGCGCCUCAACUCAUCUCUUCCAUGUAGCUUUUGUUUGUUUUGUCAACCAGCUCUCCUUCCUAAGAGAAUAGUUGCUCAUUAAAGAAACCAAUGAUAAAUGUAUCAGUAAAUUGAUAGUGAUGAUAGUUUUUGUGCAAAAAUUGAGUCCCUUUGAUUUACGGAUAUUUGACAGUAGUAGCUGACAGGAUUUUGGUUUGCCUAAGCUAGCCUCAGGGCAGGAAGAGGAAGGAGAGCUUGCAACUAUGUCUCUGAAAUUUGAAAAUCUGCAUAAAAAAAGUCGAUGCAAAAUGCUGAUUGGAGGAGACUACAUUAGUAAUGAUGUCAUUACCCUUGGUGUAUGCUUACAUGUUUUUUUCAAUGUUUGUUUUCAUUCGCCCUCAUUUCUGCUUUGCGCUGAUUGGCAGAAAUCUAACAGCUUAGUCGACAGGGAGCCACAGGGGAAAUGGAGGCAGAAUUCAAAUUCCAGAGACAUAGUUGCAAGCUGGAGAGCUUGCCCGUCGGCUAAUAGUACAGUGUAGUGAAGCAUAUUAAUAUUACCGUGACUGAGUAAAGUUGAUUUGCAUGCCAAGUUUUUUUGUGAAACCUGUAAGGAUUAAUGACAUGAUAAAUUUAUUUUACUGAUCUUUUGCUUUAGAGAGGAGUAUCUCUCUUUGAUGGAAUAUGCUGAUGAUAAACGUAUGGAUGUUGAUCUCAUUUUUAAGAUGCUUACUGAGGUAAGAUGAUAACAAAUAAUGAUACUAGAACUGUACAAAUGUAUGUGCAGUGACUCUAAUUAGAUAUACUCUUCCAUGUUUUUUUGACUGGGACCACCUAGCAAAAGUCCGUCAACACAACUGCAAUGAAUGCCUUAACCCUUAUAAGUCCCAAGAGUGACCAAAGUCAAUUUUCUCCCAACAAAAUCAAUACAUAAUCAAGGGAAAAUGUUGUGAGGAUUAAUAAAAAAAUCACUUGAUGGGAAAAGCUUUGAUAUACAAACAUAUUCUCUUAACCAAUUCAUUACUUCGCUUUUCACAAACAUGCAAAUUCUGAAGUUCAAAAGCCAACUGACGAUUGCAUUUUUUGCUGCCGUCAAUCAUCUUAACGGACCUCUUAGGAAACAAAACUUUACUUUAACGGGUUCAAAAGGUCAUGGUUUGUAAUUUGUGAUUGGUUGAUUUCGAUCUGUUUUGUGUGUUUCUGUGUUUCAAGGUUCGUUUCUUGUGAUCGUAAUUAUGAUUGCCGGCAGCCAAAAACGCAAUUGUGAAAGCGCCUUUUGAACUUUAGAGUUCGCAUGUUUGUGAAAAGUGCAGUAAGGAAAUGUAUGGGAGUCAGUCUGGAGAAUCUGUAUUUGCCUGGAUAUUCGGCUUAAGGGGUUAAAAUCAGUAAAGUUGUCAAACAUGUCUGACAGUAAUUUGGUGGAAACUAGUAAAGAUAUAGCUUUGUUAAGUUGCUGAAUUUUACUUAUGACUUUUGUUUGUAUUGUGGGGGGCAAGUUUGUUUCCCCCAUUAUACAAACGUCUGCAAAAUCUUGCAACUUUGUGGGACAAUAUCCUCACUUGCUUUUCACAUAAUUUUCCUAAUUUUAAGAUGUUCUUUCCAUAAAUGUCAAUGGAUAUUCGCUUAGUGUUCUUUAUCAAAGUACACAAUGAGUUAUUGAGAUUAUUGUUGAAGUUUAAAAGGCCCUUUCCACACGUAACCAUUUUUGUUUGACGGUGGAAAUUUUUUUCUCCAGUUUGGCUAACCUGUUUGGUAAAAACAGUCACCGAAGACAUAUCUUUUCAAAACCGUUCUCUAAAGCAAAGAUUUUUGAAAACGCAGGCUUCUCGUUUUGUGUAGAUGGACAAAAGCAGAAGUUUUCGAAAACAAUGACAUCAUACAUCAUUAAUUUUUACUACUAUAAUAUUACCCAUGCUCUGUGAGGGGUACUAUCUUAUUUCCAUUGUUUAGCAUUUCCAUAUGGACGGGCGAAGACGAUUCGAAUAUCCUAGGUGUGGACACGUAUAUUUUUGAAAACGGUUGGAGAAAAUCUCUGGUUUCAAAAAUUUCUGGAUAGGUGUGGACAUGGCCUAAAUGACAUUUUAUUUUGGUGUUCGGUGUUCAGAGUUUAUGUCAUCUUUUGUAGACUGAAGUUAUGGAAGAACAUGAAGAUGCAAGGAGAAUCAUGGCAGAAAAUGUAAGUUGUUACAGAGUUCACACAAAGUCUUGAUCCGUGAAAAAGUCUUGGAAAUGUUUAUAUUUGACAGUUUUUACUCAUUGAUAUUUUAAAGGUGCUUAAAAUAAUAGACGUGGACAACAAAGGUUAUGCAUCUAAAGAAGACAUUCAAGGAAUGACGUUUGAACAGCUCAAACAAAUAGCAAAUGAGGUUGAUGGUGAUCCAGCUAACACUGAGGAAUAUGAGUUUGCAUUGUUUGAAAUUGAUUCUGUAAGGUAAGAGAUACCAUUUAUGGUUCAAUAUUCAUUCUUCUUCCAUUCUUCUUUCCAACUUCGUGUCUGUAGAUACGGGUUCAAGGCUUUAUAGCCAUCAAGUAACUUGUUUCCUUAGAUAAGAAACGUUGCUCGGUCAAUUUAGGUUUCUGAGAAACUGCCCACCUACCCCUCCCUUGAGCCGUCAUUUUGCCCUAAGGGAGAAUCAAGUGUUAAUGUUAGCUUAGGGGAGGGGUAGGUGGGAAGUUUCCCUGAAACCUAAAUUGAUCCCGUUGCUGCAGCUCCACACUUUCCUCUUCCAGCUUGCUGUACAAAUGCAUGGGUAGUGGGGACAUACUAUUAGGGAUAUCCUUGUGAUGGACUAGCCACCCAUCCUGGGGAGACUUGCAAUACUUCUAGCCGCAUCAUCAUCUGACAAUAGAGAGGUUAAGCAUCACGAUUACGUCAAACGGCAAACUCGAAUUUGUACCACGUGAACAAGUUUCCCCUAUAAUUGUCGUUUACUGUUUAUUAUUUCUACACCUUAAUUAUUAGGUUUACACAGUUUUUUAUCCAUAAGUUUUGUUUGGAGCUGUUUUGUUUUGGAACUGCUCAUUUUCUAUUUUGAGAAAUUCUCAACUUGAAUCUGACGUUCGCCGUUUGCCGUAUACGUGAAGCUCAAACUCCCUAAUGUUCGCUGUUACAUACAGAAUUGAAUGUUAGAAAAAUCAAGAACAUAUUAACAAUAAUUCUAUUGAGCCGCUUUGUAAAAUACUAACAUUUACUAAAAUUCCUUGCUUGGUGCUUACUACUCUUUGAGCUAAUGGGCUGUGAUGUUUAUGAAGUUCUUUUUUUUCUUAACAAAACCUUUUCAGGUCAGUCUUUAAGAGAGCGAUGAAGGAUGGAAGUGGAAAGCUUACUCUGGAAAACUUGAUUAAGCAUUACGAAGUAAGAGAAAUUUCAUGCCUGCAGUGGCCAGAUAUAAGUGUUAGGGCUAAUCGAGGCAGGCCAGGCGCGUUCCCCCCGCGCAGCCUGCAAAAAAAAAUACCUGGCGCCGGCUACGCGGGCUAAUCUAGGCUAGUUGUCUAAAGAUCGUGCGCCGAUAGUCUGGAAUUAAUUGUCAAGUAGGGAGGGGGGCGAGUUGUCUCUAUAUCGACCAAAUAGACUGGACAUCUUCCAUCUAGGGACAGUACGCGCGCCCCAUUAAUUCAUGCAAUCUUUCGUGCCUGGUGGUUGAAAGUGGUUGUCUUGUGUUCAAGGGGUCCUCCACAAAACGUAAAAUUAGGCACUUUCACGUAGUACUCGUGCAGCUUUGGCAAAGAAAUGCUCCAAAAAACGUGAUGUGCAGUGCAAAGUUGUUUUUUUGCUAAUCCAUCGUCGUUGCUAUCUUAAUAGAGACCUUUAGAUUCAAGGACGAGAACGACUACGAGUACGAGAUUUGACUCAAACUUUUUUCGCGUAUUCUCAAAAUAUAGACUCCCCGGAAACCUUUAUUUUACCAUUUUUCACUAGAAAAGUUAGCACUGUUACCUUUAGUGAAGGAGGUUACACCCUCUCCCGAUCGCAAAAUGGUAAAACUUCUAACAUUUGAUAACUUGUUCCCGCCACUACUACAUUCUCCCUAAAACUCGAGUGACGACGGCUACCACGUUUUCCCGCCAAAAUGACGCUGGUUCACGCGCGUGCACCACUUAGUAUUGAGAAAAUCUCGUGCUCGUUGUCCUACUCGUCUUAGAAUCUAAAGCUCUCUAUUACGAACGAGUCGAGACUCGGUGGCAGGCAGGGUAUUUUUUAAAUAAGUUACAUAGGUGUUUGCCACCCCUUGGGUAGGGUUUUUGAUCCAAUUUUGUUCCGAAAACAUGUUGCCAAUAAAUUCACCCAAAGAGUACAGUGAACGUUAAAACCAAUUUCUGAAAUACAGUAUUAUAUGACCGUUUAUCCGCAGGCUUUUGGUGGCUCGGCUAAGGUUGCUCGGGAACUUUUUAACAUGCUUCACCCAAAUAAUCCUGAGUUUGUAACAGAAGACGAACUAAAGGAACAACUUGAUAAUGUCUUGAAGCUGUACUUGAAGAAGAAAGAUGAUGACAAAUCAGGUCAGUGAACCACAUUUCUUUGAAUUAGCGCCCGGCCGUUUUUCAUAUUUCGACUGAAAACGGGCGUGCUUAUCGACAACACUGGUUGGUUUUACACACAGAUGUAUCGGUAUGGCAUGUAUAUAAAUUAUAGAGUAUCUCAUCAUUCUUGAGAUCAAUCUCGUCAAUGGUAUACAGAACGUCGCAUUCGUCUUGUAUCCCUAUUAUUCAAAAAUUUAGGGAGAUAGUAGGGGAGGAGGGUGCUGAUUCGAGAUGUGCGCUUGUUUGAUAUUAUGGCACAGGGGCGGGCACUUAUUCGGGGAAGCGUGUGUGAUAGAAAAAAAGAAGUGUGUCUUACUUCGGCUACAGGCUGGCUAGAAUGCAGUCGUUCGUUAAAGGAACAUUGCGCGACGGAAAGGAAUUGUGUACCAUGGCGAAUAAGCACUGCCCAUGGGGCUGUGCUGUGAUAUUUUCUAUUUUGAAAGAUUCCUCAGUAAAAUAAAAGGUACCUUUUUAGCUGACAAGUGUCCAGAUCACCCCUUUCUGAAUUUUCUGAAUUUACCCCUGCUGUAGACAGACUAGGAUGUCGUGCACUUAGUCGCCGGAAAAUCUUCAUGACAUCGCAGCAAAAAUAGCGCGAAAUAUCGCCUGUAUAAACCUUACUACACAGACCCAUUUGCGAUUGCUAUAUAAAUCUUCCACGCUGCCCCCAGGUUUACUUAAGAACUUUGCGGACAAAUCCCGUAGACGGGCAUUCUCCUGUUUGUUAAAGGUGCUCUAGCCUUCACAGCAGGCGUAUUUGACGUAUUUUGCAGUUAGUAAGUUGAAACUGAGAGAGUUGCGAAGAGUUUAACAAUGAUUCCAAGGGAGAGGUUGACGUGCCAAAAUAGAGGAGGGGGGUGGAGGUUUUCUUUUUUACCCCGCCCCUCCUCCCUUGGUUUUCAAUUGCUUUCAAGUUGGCGGCCUUGGUUAAUGUACCUCUGAGCUGUUGUUGAAAAUAAUAAUAAGUAACGUUGCUCGAGUCCUGUAUACAACUUGUAAAUUUGUAUUUUUUGUGCUGCAGGAAUUUAUUACGAGAAGGAGUGGGAUGAGGAUAAAGAAAUCAUGAAACGAACUAUGCCUUCAUCUAAACUGGAUGCCAUGGCAACCGAUCCGGCGCACACUGAAUUGUAACUGGUAACUUAGCAACACUCAGCUUCAAACUGAACACGCUGUCAUUUAAGCUUUAUACGCAUGCGUUAAGAUACUGUACCACGUGCAAUGUAAUUGCGUUCUUCGAGUAGUGCAGAUUGUUGUGUGUGUUCCACCACGGUCAAACCUCCUUAUUACGGACAUCAAGGGGAAACCAAGUGCGGGAGGUGCUUUUAGAGUACCGUAAAAUUCCGAAAAUAAGCCCCAGGGCUUUUAUUUUUCAAAAGCCCUUUUUGAGGGGCUUAUAUUUUUACGGGCUUAUACUCGGAGGGGCUUAUCUACGGAGGGAAAUUUGCGUUUCAAAAUCGAUUGGGCUAGCCUUAUAGUUGGAAGAAAAUUUACCGUUUUACUUUGUAUUUGAGGGCAAUUUUUCGAGUACAACAACCGGGGGGCUUAUAUUUGGAGGGGCGAUUUAACGGAGGGAUUUUUGCGUUACCGGUUUGGGGAGCUUAUGUUUGUAGGGGCUUAUUUUCGGAAUUUUACGGUAGUUCUUUUUGAGGUAAGAUAUGUAUGAAGCUCGUUAUGCUCUGGACCAAGUGAACUGACUAUAUUUGAGAAGUAAUGAGAAGUGAGGUUUGACCGUAAUUGGAACUGUUAUAUAAACAAUAAAUGAUAAUUAACACAGGUGUCACAUCUAAAGUGUUUUAAAAGAACUUGUACAGCUUUAAAUGAAACUUUAAAGAUAUUUUUUAUAAGACUCCGCAUAGAAAAACUUAACUCGGAAAGCUACUAAGAAACUGUUUUGUGUGUAGUAUUGAAGUCUUUCAGCUCAGGUAUGGGACUUAAAUAUCGUGAUAAAUGUAAUUAAAAUAAUUCAAAGCAAGAUAAAACAUGAAACAACGAAACUUUUCACGGCCAAAAGAAGUAAUUUAAAAGUGUAGAUACUCCGUACAACGAAUUCGAUUUACGGCCGUUUUAAUGUUGUUUUAACCACGUUUAGACGAUGUUUUGUCAAGAAACUCAAAGCCAUCUGAGUCAGGCCAUUUUAUGAACUACACAAUGAAAACAGUGCGCUUAUGUCACACCUCAACGACUUUAAAUAUUCCACUCAGCAACUGAGCCUAGUGUUUACUGUUUAAAGUCUAUUUUGCACUAUGGCUUAAGGUAAUCAUUUCACGUGAAAAUUGGCCUGUACGUAAACGUUGUUUUCUUUGUCUUUUCGAUAAUUGGUAAGCGCAGAACGCGAGAAGAGCGCAACCCCCUUAAUCUAGUAGUCGAUAAACCCGUCUGUCGUGUUCGACCAUCUCUUUAGACUAGAGAUCUGUGACCAAGUUACUUUAAGGUGUGUUUACAACUGCAUGGAUAUCUGAAGGUUUCUAUAGUCUGAUGUUUACACCUUCUCGACAGUAUUUUUAAUGUAAGAUUAGCCAAAUUUUCAGUGGUUCGGAUCGCGGCCUUGGUAAACAACGGCUGUCCUCAAUUUCUGUAGCUCGUCCUUAAGUGAAAUGUAUUUAUUAAACACUAUAUUAAAUAUUUAAGUUAUGACUGAUAAAGUGCAGUAUGUUAUAGACAUCUUUUUAAAAGAGAAGACAAAGAAUAAAGGUCACUUUGAUGAGCGCUUUGCUUGAAUAAAUGUUUUUUGUAUUAUAAUUAAAGAA